ACGUGAUGCUGAGCAACAAAACAAACAAACACAAGAUUGAACUUGGUAACUAGACAAGACGGGACCCGUAGACUCCUCCGAGCGCAUCGCAUCGCAUCGCAUCGCAGCGCGUCUCUUCCAUUCUACCCCCCACCUCAAUUCAACAACCACUAAAGACAAUGGAUCCAACCGACGACCCCCAACGACUCGAAGAGUCGCUAGAUACCGACAUCGCGUCCAUCCGCGCAGAGAUCCGAACCCUCGAACGCCGCAAACGCUUCCUAGCCAGCAGCAUCCUCUCGUCCUCUCGAAUCCAAACCCACCUAAAAGCCCUCCCGCCAUCAACCCUUACGACGCUCACGGAAAAAAUAACCCCCCUGGUCCACGCCGCCGAGAAACACACUGAAGUGAACCACCACCGCAUCGCCUUCUCGGCCACCACGUUCCCAUUUAAAGACCCCUCGCCGAAUACCGACGAUCCGAAUCUCCUGGGCGUGAGGAUCGAUCUGUGUAAACGGGAUGGACGAUUCGCGAAGCCGUAUUAUUUGUUGCUGAAGCGGGUGGCUGGGAGUGCGACUGCGACUGCGGGCAAGGAGAGGAAGGAGAUGGGUGCGGGACGGUUGAAGGUGCAUAGACAUACGAUUCCGGCGUUUAUUCCGAUGGAGGGGUUAGAGAAGGUUUAUUUGCCGGCGACAGCGAACAACGGACAAGAGGAUGGACAACAAGAAGAAGAAGAAGAAGAAGAGGCGACGCUGAAGCCAUGGAAGAAGAAGAAGUCAAGAAAACAAGAUCUGCAAGGCCUAGUACGGGAAUUGCGGCGUCAGCUGGUGGCGUGGCAGCUACGGACGGAUGCGAUCGGUCUGCUACGGGAGAAGUUGGGGGUUGUGCGGCGCGGGGUGGAUGACUAUCAAGACGACGAUGGGGUGUGGGAGCGGAGUUUUCUGGAUCAAAAGGAGACGAAGCUGGCGGCGAACGAGUGGGGGAUUGUGUCGCUGGGACCGACGGCGCUGGAGGCUGUGUAUGUGCGCGUGGAAUGGACCAACGGACAGGUGGGACGGUUCAAGAUCUCGAAUUCGGGUAUCGUGGAGCGGGCGGUGGUGAUUGGGGAUGAUGGGAGAGAUAAAGCGUUGGAGGUGGCAUUGACGGGUGGUAAUGGGAGAGUGGAAACUGUUCUUGACCGGUUGAAGAAACAUGCAGAGACCAAGGAGUGAGUGUUUGAGAUAAUUGUUGGAGUUUACUGGGCUGGCUUAUUAUGAUGCGAUGAUACCCACAUAGCCUACUAUCAAUUCUACUUGUAUU